CGAUAUCGGCACUCGGCACGCUUUUUUCUGACCCCAAUGGCCAGCAACUGGUGACUGCGCAGUAGUAAGCCAGCCAUCCACUUGCUAUGAUCUGGGUCCAUGUCACCUUGUUGCUGGGCGCCUUCUGCUGCGGCUACUUGUUUGGCCGCAAGCGCCGUGCCUCCGGGGAGAACGGCAACGAGAAGGAGAAGCUGUGCCCGCGGAGGCGUAGCGAGUCGGUCUUGAGCGACCGGGAGGCGAUCCUGGAAUUGGAGCCUCAAACAGGAGGGCAGCCUGCGCUUGGCACGUCAAGUCACCGGAGGACCGUCAAGUCACCGGCCCGGCACCGGUCACGCGGUGCGGAGAGGGACGACAGUUCCUCGGUGAGCUUCGCCAGCUCUGAGGACGUGGCCAAGAUCUAUGGGCUGGGAGGGUACAGCCAGUCCAGCCGCGUCCUAUUGUGCAUGGUGGGCCUGCCAGCACGGGGGAAAUCCUACAUCACCAAGAUGCUGAUGCGCUAUCUCGCGUGGAGCGGCUUUCCAGUGAAGGCCUUCAACGCCGGCAAUGUCCGGCGGCAAACCGGAAACUGCAGCGCCUCGGCGGAGUUUUUCAGCGGCUCGGAGAGCGCCACGAAGAUGCGAGAGCAGAUCGCAGAUGAAUGCAUGCAUGAGGCCAUUGCAUGGCUUCGGAUGCACAAGAGCGUUUGUGUGGCAAUUUUUGAUGCAACCAAUACCACCACGAGGAGAAGGCAGCGGAUCAUCGACAAGUGUCGACAAGUCACCGGCAUCACCCCGGUCUUCGUCGAAAGCAUUUGCGAGAACAAGGAGAUUUUGGAGAGAAACUAUACCCUGAAGUUGAUGAACGAUGACUACAGGAAUAUGGAUCCCGUCAAGGCUCGCUUGGACUUCGUCCGGCGUGUGGAGGAGUACAAGUCGAGAUACCAGACUGUGACGGAUCAAGAAGAUGAUGGGGAGAUUUGCUACGUGAAGCUUUACAACGUUGGGCAGAAGGUGGAGAUGCAUCACUGCUCCGGCUACUUGAUGAGCCAGAUUGGUUUCUUUCUCUCCAACAUUCAUAUCCAGCCCCGAUGCAUUUGGCUCACCCGCCAUGCGGAGAGUGAAGAUCAGCUUUCAGGCAUCUUAGGGAGUCACAGCUCGGACCUCACCUUGAACGGCCGGAACUACUGCCGCGAGCUCGCCAGCUUCCUCCACCGCUGCCGACGCGAGAUGGAGGAGUCGGGCCAUGUGGAAAGCUGUGGCGACUUCUUGGUCCUCAUGGGCACUGCACCGGUGCACUACUCCACACUGCAAUCGAUGAUCAAGAGCUCAAGCUCAAGCCUUUGCUCGGAGGGGGACCCUUCACCUUCCUCAGCAGGCGCCUCGUCCCCGCCCACAGCGGUCAACUGCAAGGGCUUCCAGGCCAUGAGCAGUUCCCUCCUCAACGAGUUGGACGGCGGCGUUUGCAAUGGCCUGAGCUAUGCGGAGAUCAAGCGCGACUACCCAGACCUCUGGGCCGCACGGGAGCGGGACAAGCUCAACUUCCGGUAUCCAAAUGGAGAGUCCUAUCAGGAUGUCAUCGGACGCCUGCGGCCCAUCAUCAUCGAGUUGGAGCGUCAGAGGCGUUCCAUUUUGGUCAUUUCCCACCUCGCCGUGCAGCGCUGCUUGUACGCCUACUUCACCGGCACGCCCAUGGAGGAGAUUCCAUACCUCAACAUGGACAUGCACACCGUGGUGGAGCUCCAGCCGGGCGCCUUCGAUUGCCAGGUCCGCUCCGAGAAGCUUUGGGACACCUCGCCCGAGUGUCCCACCCCCUUGCGCUGAGCACGGUAGCCUUGUGCCGUCCUUGGGGAUGUCGGUGCAAAGAAAGUGGUUUCAGAGAGAAAGAGAGAGAGAGAGAGAGAGAACUAUACCCCCCCUGGAACCAAUAAUUAGGAUCCAC